AUUACAACCCAGCUCGUCCUGUUCCUCUCUCUCUUUCUCAAUUGCUAUUUCUAUCCUUUUAAGUAUGGAAUCUCCAACCAAUUCACAAGUGCCUCAGUAUGCACCCAACUACUUUACCAAAACUCAGGGUAACUAUCCUGAUUCUUUACGCUUUGUAUGUCCCCUAACCUACCUUCAUAGGAUUAAAUCAGGAUGAAGAAGUAAAGCUAUUUACAAACAACAAGGAGAGAGACAAAUACGAUAACAUGGCUGAUUUAUAUUCGAUUAUUGUUUUAAUGGAACAUUUGGAAAAAGCCUUUAUUCGUGAUUCUAUCACAGCAGACGAAUACACACCUCAAUGUGCUAACCUCAUUGCAAAAUACAAAACCACCAUGAAUUUUUUGUCUGAUGCCAUCACCGAUUUGGAAACAUUUAUGGAUGACUACAAGCUCUCUUGUCCUGCAGCUGUAAAUCGAUUCAAAAUUGGUGUGCCUGCCACAUACGAACAUGCUAUUGGUGAUAAUAAGAAUGACGUUGGAAAAUCCGCAAAGUACAUUGCCGAGAGUGUCUUGCAUUUUAUUACAUUGAUGGAUACACUGCGAUUAAACAGAUACGCAGUGGACGAACUACACCCGAUCCUUGCAGAUUUGAUUCAGUCACUGAACAACGUACCUGGAUUAACAGCCGAUUUUGAAGGAAAGCAAAAAGUGCGUCAAUGGUUAAUCACCUUACAUUCGAUGAAAGCAAGUGAUGAAAUCACUGACGAACAAGCACGUCAAAUGCUUUUUGAAAUGGAUCAAUCUCAUUCUGAAUUUCAUCGUUUGCUAAGUGGAGAUCAUAAAGAUACCUCUUCUUAAAUAAAAAAUAAUUUUCAUCAAUAAAUUACCAUGUAAAUGUCAAAA